AUGGUUACCAUGGGCCCACCUCAGGGCGUUCGUCCUGGUGACGUUCUGGAGGUAAUCCAUGAUUUUGGUGGUCGUGGUGAAGAUGAACUGGUCAUGAUGCCGCGGGAUAAGAUCGAAUUGAUCGAACUCGAUGAAGAAUUCGGCGAUGCCUGGUAUCUCGGCAAAAACCUGAGAACCGGCCAAACCGGUCUCUUUCCAGCUAAUUUCACCAAAGCGGCCCCGCGGAAGACUCUCGCCGAAUCGCCCGUCUUCCUCGAGUCGCCUGUACAAUUAGAACCUGACGCACCCGAUUCAUCAUUCGCACAGAUCGGCAGUGGGCAAAGCACCCCUCAGGCGUCGCGCCACGUUAGUACCGCCGACAUGCACUCACCUCAGGUCGGCUCGCCAACUCAACAGCGAUCCGCAUCGUCCCCGCUGCCCCAGCCGAGUCUGGCGGCCGAUAUUCAGCAAGCCUUCCGCAGCCCUAUGGACAACCAUAUGAAUGGCGAAGAAAGUCCGGUGAUGAACGAGACGCUGAGCGUGAUUGAUGAGCACAUUACCGGGAUGAAUACCCCGCGCCACAACAGUGUGUCGACACAAGAACCGAAAACCAUGAACGAUUCCGCCAGCGAGUACAGCAGCCACAUCGACCACAGGGCUUCGUAUAUAAAUGGUCACGAAACCGAUGAUGAGGAGAAAGCCCAUCCCACGGAAGAGGAGGUUCGCAACUGGAGUCAGUUGGAGACAUCCAGAUGUUUGCGCAGUCUCGAUAUCGAUGCGAAGCAUUGCGACAUUUUUGAAGAACAGGAGAUAACGGGUGAUGUUCUUCUUGACAUGGAUCAGGAUUUCAUUUUCAUGAAGGAGUUCGACUUUGGUGUCAUGGGGAAACGAUUGAAAACCUGGCACAAAGUCAAAGCAUUUCAGGAAGAAGUGAAGGGCUACAAUCAGCAAACAGCCCGGGGAUCCAUUUCCAGUCUCUCGGGCCCUUCGGAUGAGCGCACACUUUCGCGCGCUGGUCACACUGGCCCGCUUUUGCCCCGGAUUCCCACGUUGUCAGAGAAGAAUGGCGCAGGAUACCCACGAGCUUCAGCGCCCGCGCAACACCCACGAUUGACCAGCAACAAUAGCUCCCCUAUGACUCCGCAUACACCUCCUUUCAGCCAUGAUUCGCCCAGGAGAAUCUCAGCAGCCUCAAUCCGCGAGCUUAACCACACGCGCCGUCAUUCGUCCAUUGAUGCCACUCAACGGGGUGUGUCUGAUUCAGGCUUCCAUCAAAAGAAGCCCUCCUUUGAUCGCUCCUGGACUCUGAACUCUGGCCCGCAUACUAUGCCGGCUCGUCCAGGGACCUCACUCGGAACGACGUCCGGCUUCCGGGCACCACUGAUGGGGGAGUCUGACUCUGUCAGCAAUUCGUACACCACUACUCCCGAUCAAACAGAUGAUCUAGAUCGGGGCUACUUCUCAGGCACUGAGGUUGAUUCGCGCCGUAACCGUCGGGUUUUACAGAAGCGCAGCUCUACCGGUGGGAGUAUGAAUCACUCUCGCAAGUCGAGUUAUGCGGAUGAUCCAUACAGGGUCAUCUCACCAGCAAAGCGCCACUCUCGUGUCAGCAGUGUUGACUCGAUCCGUGAAGCCGCCAAGCAUGUGUCCCCUGCAGCCCAGGCCUAUCAUGGCACCCCACCAAAGAGUCGCCUGCGCAGUCUAAGCACGCGUGUCUCAGAGCGUGGAGGCUCUAACUCUCAAUCAUCAAAUUCCGAGGGCAAGAGCGGCGGGUUCUUCGCCAGCUUCCCUCGGGUUGGAAGGAGCGACUCGGACAACUCGGCUCGUCCUUCGCCGACGCCGUUCCAGCCACUGAAGAAUGCAGGCCCCAAGUUCCGUCGGGCUAUGGGUCUCCGUGCCAUCUCUGACGUUGUCGGGAAAAAACUCGAUACCUCGGCGCCCGCUUCGCCGAAGGAAUUUGAUCCCUCGCCUGCUCGCACCGGGUCGACCACUCCAUCAGCGACGUCGAAGAGCUCAGAGCGCCAUAGCACGGAUGGGUCUGGUAAGGCCGUUGAUAGCCAGGCCCUUGCUGUUCGCCCUCGUACUGUCAAGUCUAAGAAAGAGACCAGUGCCUAUACCCGCGGUCUUGAGAAGAAGUCGCCGCAGGAACAGGUGGACGGUUGUGACUAUAGCGGGUGGAUGAAGAAGAGAUCCUCCAACUUGAUGACGACCUGGAAGCCUCGUCUGUUUGUUCUGCGUGGCCGUCGCCUGUCAUAUUACUAUUCCGAAGACGACACCGAGGAAAGGGGAUUGAUUGAUAUCACUGCCCACCGCGUUCUCCGAGCGGAUCAAGAUCCUAUAAUUGCCCUCCAUGCAACAAUCACCGGAUCAACUGCCCUGCCGGCAAAUGCCAACACUACUGUCGACAGUACAGGUGGGACCAAACUCACAACUCCUUCGGUCAUCCAAUCGCUCACUAGCAAGGAUGGGAGUGGUCCAUUCUUCUUCAAGCUCGUGCCCCCAAAGAUGGGCAACUCUCGCACCGUCCAAUUCACCAAACCCGCCACCCAUUACUUCCAAGUUGACAAUGUUCAACAGGGUCGCUUGUGGAUGGCCGCCCUGAUGAAGGCGACCAUCGAGCGUGAUAUGGGCAAGGCCGUUGAAAUGACCAAUAAACAAAAGACUAUCAGUCUGAAACAGGCCCGCUUGAUGAACCAGCGACCACCCGAGCUGAUGCCCGCUUCUGGCAGCACCAAGACGGAGCAAACGAUAGACGAGGAAGAGGAAGAGGCUGCUCCUCAGAAGGACAGCUUUGACCUCUCCAACGGCCAGGCCAAUUCCAUCAAUAACCACAAGGAAAGCCUGGAUAAUGGUUCCUCUGGCUCCAACGAUCCCAAUGGCCUUGACCGGCCGAUGUCAAAUCACAAUGGCGAUCUUCAUUCUGCCUUGCUCCCUGAUCCUUUGGCCAAGACAGAGUCCAAGUGA